AUGAGAAAACUAGUUGGAGACCGUCUUCCCCAAUUUACACAAGAACAAGCUAAGUUGGUGAAAGGGUCUAAUGAUUUUCUAGACAUAAAUUAUUACACAACUACUUAUGCUAGCAAUUCACCUAGUGAACCUGGUACAUCACCAAGUUAUGCAAAUGAUCAAGAUAUUGCAGUAUCCAGUGAGCGUGAUGGAAUACCUAUUGGUCCAAAGAAAGCGAUGGAUGAAGGCGUAGAUGUGAAGGCUUACUACAUAUGGUCAAUGUUCGACAAUUUUGAAUGGGGACGGGAUACAAUGUUAGAUUUGGCCUUUUUUAUGUAA